AGCUGAGCCCACUGAUUGGCGGGUCUUUCACUCUUUACAUUCUCAACAUUUGAAAUGAGCAACGAACAUUGCAUAAGAUUUCACAACGGAAACGAUGGAGAGAUCGGAGCCGGAGAUGAAUAGCGCAGAAAUCUAUACAACAACAGACACCUUAAAUGGCUCCGCCAUAUUCCACACCAUCUACGACGUCCUAGGGUUUGUGCUUUACAUGCACCAGCAAAUCCCCUCCACAGUUCAGGAUAUGAGUAUUGAAUUUGACGCAUUGCAUUCCGAGUUUAAGCAAUUGGAGAUGGCUAUGGGAACUGAAUUAAAGGCAUCAUGUAGGAGAAAACAUGUUAGCAAAAUGAGGGAUAUCAAGCUUGGAAUCAGGAGAUUGGAUAAGUUUAUGAAUUCACUUUUGAAUGUAGAAACUGCAAUUAAGAUGAUUAUCAGUGAUAUUCCCACCAUAGAGGGGGUCAUUUUGGCUCUUGGAGCUAGCCCACUUCGACCUCAGCACAUUUAUGUCUUGGACUUUCCCCACGGAAUUUCUGUUUCCAAUGUUGCAGAUGAUUUUGCUCGGAGUAAAGCAGCCGAUGGUCUUUCAAGAAAGGCAAUUCGGACAUUGAUAUCAAAGGGUGCUGGGUCUGUGACCUAUCCUGGUCCUAUCAAAUUGUUUGUUUUAAUUAAGGCCCCUUCUUCUUUCAAUCAGCCUCUGCAUUUUCUGCCUAAACGUGAUUUUAGGUAUAACAGAAAGGUUGUGCCUCUCAGGCUACUCUUCAAGUGCCGAAACCAGGAUCAGGAAGUUGCUUCUCCCACUUCAGAAGAUUUGAUCUGGUUUCAAUGCCGGCAUGUGAUAAAAGGCCUUGCAAUGAACACAACGCCAGAAGAAUGAAAUCCUCCACUCCAAAUUAAGAUAGGAAGAACUUGUUGUAAAUAUGACUUAUGCUUGAAGCUAAUGCUUCCUUGUUUCAAUUUCAUUAUGAACCGUUAGGCAUUGGAGGAAUGAUAUGUUAAAAAAUAAAAGCCAUUUGGAAAAACAUGGAUUGCAGCAUCUCAGAUAUUUGAAGCCCACGAAUGUGGACGUUGUGAUAAGAUGCCAUAUAAUAUGACUUGACAAGAUUUCAUAGUCAUGUUGUAGAAGAGUUUGGUUUACUAAGAUGUAGCUUUGGAUUGUUUAGCACUUGUAGCCAGAGGAGCUUCCAUUGGUAACUGGUAAGGGAUGUUUUUU